CCGCUACAGUCGGACAAGAGUUGUCAGGAGUGGGCUCUAGUGAAGAGAGUAAAAGAGGGGCGAGGAAGAACACAUGAGUGCAAUGCCGAAUAAAACGAAAAAAGAUAAGGAAUCACCAAAGUCUGGAAAAGUUGGCAAAACGGGCGGUCAAGAGAAUGCCGAACACGAGGGUUCCAACAGGAAAGGCAGCAACAGCGUCCCACCUCCCACCCAGCUGCUGAAGGGCAAGCAGAGCGGAUCCCAGACGCCCGUCAAGAAGGACAAGAGGCCCAGCUCGUCCAGAUUCAGCCUCAGCAACAACCGGGAGCUGCAGAAACUCCCUGCCUUCAAAGAUGUGCCCCCAGCGGAGCAGGAGAAGCUGUUCAUCCAGAAGCUGCGGCAGUGCUGCGUGCUCUUCGACUUUGUGUCCGACCCGCUCAGCGACCUCAAAUGGAAGGAGGUCAAGCGGGCCGCGCUCAGCGAGAUGGUGGAGUACAUCACCCACAACCGCAACGUCAUCACCGAGCCCAUCUACCCAGAGGUGGUGCACAUGUUUGCCGUGAACAUGUUCAGGACGCUACCCCCCUCCUCAAACCCGACAGGGGCGGAGUUUGACCCGGAGGAGGACGAGCCCACGUUAGAAGCAGCAUGGCCACACCUUCAGCUGGUGUAUGAGUUCUUCCUGCGUUUCUUAGAGUCCCCAGACUUCCAACCCAACAUAGCCAAGAAGUACAUUGAUCAGAAAUUUGUGAUGCAGCUGCUGGAGUUGUUUGACAGUGAGGACCCAAGAGAAAGAGACUUCCUGAAAACCACGUUGCAUCGCAUUUACGGCAAGUUCCUGGGCCUGCGCGCCUACAUCAGGAAACAGAUCAAUAAUAUAUUUUAUAGGUUCAUAUAUGAAACAGAGCAUCACAACGGAAUAGCAGAAUUAUUGGAGAUUUUAGGAAGCAUCAUCAAUGGCUUUGCCUUGCCUCUGAAAGAGGAACACAAAAUAUUCCUGUUGAAAGUGCUGCUGCCUUUACACAAAGUCAAGUCCCUCAGCGUUUACCACCCACAGCUGGCCUACUGUGUGGUCCAGUUUCUGGAGAAGGACAGCACUCUCACAGAACCGGUGGUGAUGGCGCUGCUGAAGUACUGGCCCAAGACGCACAGCCCCAAGGAGGUGAUGUUCCUCAAUGAGCUGGAGGAGAUCCUGGACGUCAUCGAGCCCUCGGAGUUCGUCAAGGUCAUGGAGCCGCUCUUUAGACAGCUGGCCAAAUGUGUGUCCAGCCCUCACUUCCAGGUGGCAGAGAGGGCACUGUAUUACUGGAACAAUGAGUACAUCAUGAGCUUGAUCAGCGACAACGCUGCCAGGAUACUGCCCAUCAUGUUCCCCUCCCUCUACCGCAACUCCAAGACCCACUGGAACAAGACGAUCCACGGGCUCAUCUACAACGCUCUGAAGCUCUUCAUGGAGAUGAACCAGAAGCUGUUUGACGACUGCACCCAGCAGUUCAGGGCGGAGAAAAACAAAGAGAAGAUGAAAUGGAAGGAGCGCGAGGAGGCCUGGAUAAAGAUCGAGAAUCUGGCCAAGUCAAAUCCACAGUUCCAGACGUACGUGGACCCGUCCGGUCUGGGCAGCCCGAUGGACAUGGAGACGGACGGGCCUCUGCUGGACGACGUCAACAUGCUGAGGAAGAACGUGGAGGAGGGGGCCACACAGCCCCACGAGCCGCGUAAGGAGCGUCCGCUGGUGCGACGCAAGUCGGAGCUGCCUCAGGACGUGUCCACCGUCAGAGCCCUGGAGACGUACCGCCGUGCCGAAGAUGUCCUCACCCCCGCUGAUGCCCACUAGAGGACCACACAGACACACACACACACACAGACACUCGCUCACACCCACCCACAUACGCACACACACACACGUCCCCAAACACAGGACAGGUUAGGUCUGGGAGUCUAUUAGCCCAACUCCGUACACACACAGACACACACACACACAUGCAGAGGCCAGGGGGUCCUCUUGCCGUCGUCUAAGAGCCCAGGCCAUUCCACUCACCCCACCCCACCCCGCCCCGCCCCGCCCCGCCCGUAGUCUGGGCACUUGAUGUCUGUCGUUUUUCUCUUUUCUGUCUGUCUGUCUUUCUUUUCUCUCUCUCUCUCUCUCUCUCUCCCUCCCUCUGUUCUCAGGUCUUUAAUUUGCUGCUCUCUGAUGUAUUGGGAGUCCUUGUCCUGUCCUCUCCAUGUGUGUUUAACCCCCCCCCCAACCCCCCCUCUCACCCCUGGCUUCACAGCAGCAUCGCUAUGUGCCUGUCCACCACUGACGGUCAUUCAGACUGCGUCUCUAAGUAAACCGGAAAAGUGGCAACAAUGAGAGGGGUGCCUGGCAUGGGCUGCUGUUAUGGACUUGAGUGAAAAAAAAAAAACGACGUGUGUGUGUGUGUGCGCGCGUGUGUGUGUGCGCAUCAGAGUGGACUUUGGAAGGACAUGGGCAAGGAGAAGCCCCUCCUCAUGCCUCUUGACCCAUGAACUUUGACCUUUGAGGGGCAGUGUGGUCAGCCGCUAAGGCUGUGAGCUCUGUGCCUGUGAUGGCUCACAACUGUAUGUAUGUAUGUAUGUAUGUAUGUUUGUUUCUUUUUUAACUGUUGGUUUGAUUUGGCAAUGGGGACUGUCAGCCAAAAUGUGUGUUGUGUCACACAAAAGAUACUAUUAUUAUAAUAAUUAUUAUUAUUAUUAAAAGUUUCUUUUUUAAAAAAGAAAAACAUGCUGACCUAUCAGAAUGUGGUGAAGGCAGAAUUGGACUACUCUUCUGUAGAAACAUAGUUUUGUGCCAACUUGAGUCUAUUUUCUUUACUUUUUUAUUUCAAUUUUAAUGCUGUAUAAUACUGUUGGCAAUACCUUCACCCCUGGCACAGCUUGGUGGUUCAAACAAUGGUCUUCGGCCAGCAUCAUCAUGGAACAACUUCUUAUCAGUGUUUGGUUUCGUUAAAUCAUAGCAAAGCUUUUUUACACACACACAUACACACACACACACACACACACCCUCCGAUUUUUCAGUAAGGAUCUAGACGCUUGAUCAAGCAGGUCUGUUAUUCUGCAGAACUGGCCAUUUUAUUCCCCUCUGCCUCCUACACACACACACUCACCUGACCUGUAAAAUGCACACGCUCAAACUCUACACCUCUCUUUCUCUCUUCCUCCCUCUCACACACCUCCUCUCUAUCCCUCCGUCUUCCCAUCCCCCUUUGAGUCGUGUGCAUGUGAGUUUCCCGAGCAGCAGUGCCGGUUUGUCCUCCAGCAGCGUUCUGCUUGCGAUGUGCGCCGGCGACUCUGCCCAGAUAUAGGCCCUCGUGUCUGGGGGCCCCAGGGCCUGUUGGCUCCCGUCCGCCUGCUUCUCCGGGGGUGGGGUUGGGGGGGGCGGUCCCACAAACAGAGCUUUUCAUUAUGAAGCCUUAGCUCACCGGAAGAGUACAGAAGGCCACCUGCGGCCUCACGCCCACUGUGUGUCUCGCAGUGGCACGGGACAAGCCUCUGCCUCGGCAGAGCUGAAGGGAAAGACGCAUCUGUGUUUUUGUGUGUGUGUGUGUGUGUGCAUACCUCAUCAUCUGCUGCUUAUUUGGCGGAGGAGACUGCACUGUAACCCCUUGACGACUUUCAGCAAAGAACGUUUUUUUCUCUUUUUUUCCCCCUCAAAAUAAAGUAAAAUAAUUUUAACAGUUACUCUUAACCCUUUCAUACAGCACAAUGACUUUUUUUCAUGCUAGUUCAGUGAAAGCAGUGGCAUGUCAUCAGUGCAGACACCAUGGACUCCCAUUAAAUAUCACUAACUACCCGGACGCUAGUGGAGGGGAAAUCACCAGCCUCAGUGUAUGCCUAAACAGAAGGACGAGAGCACCCCUAUGUGGCUACAGAUGGAAGCACAGGACCAACCGUUGCUUAGGUGAGGCUGGUAGAUGGUAGCUAGCCAAAGAAGUCACUGAACAUCCAACGAGCACUUUCAGAUCGAUUUGAACACAUAGAUGAUGGACUUGACGUGUGUGUGUGUGUGUGUGUGUGUGUUCUGGGGAGUGGAUUCGGCCUCUCCCACAGUGUCCACCUCUCUUUGUGAUAUGUCUGUGGGUGUCAGUCUGCCUGUGUCAUUUCUGGGUCCUCAUUCUGUGGAUGAGCCCUAGUCCUCCAUCUCCCACUCUUCAGUGUUUGGCUCCCUGGAGCUGGGGACCAUUGCUUGGUUCCUUAGUUGUCACGGUUCCCCUGGAGCUGGGGACCAUUGUUUGGUUCCUUAGUUGUCAUGGUUCCCCUGAGCUGGGGACCGUUGUUUGAACCUCCAGGUCGUGUCCCAGGCUGGUGCUCUGCUGAAGCUGGUGUUUUGGGUGUCCUUCCUGUCUGUGAAGUGUGUCAAGAUGCUUGCGAGUUUGUUUCAUUUUGUCUUCUUUUCCCUGCGAAAGCUUGUCCAUGUUUGAUUGAAUGUGCAAAUUGUAAAUAGAAACUAUCCAUGAUCACAUUUUCAGUUAAUUUUUUGUUUGUUUUUGCUCUACUCCUCUUUUUUUCUUUUUGCUUUUUAUUAUGGAAGAAUAGCACUCACCAAUACUUUUUCAUUGACUGAUGUCCCUUGUAGUUGGACAAGAGUAAUGUGUCUAAGGAUAGGUCUGUUUACAUGCGUUUAGCAUCUCCUCUGCUCGCUUCCGAAUGCUUUUUGACUCAUGAAGGGUUCUCACAGCCUCUAACUAGGACUCCAUUGUAAUUUCAUGACACCAUGUUUGGUGACUGUUGUUCUUCAUUUAAAUGGCUUUAAUUCUUAACCUCCUGAGGCUUUUAAUUUAAUAUAUUUUUCUUUACAAAAUAUUGCAAAGUGUCCUUUAGUAUGCGUCUUGUACUAAAUGGCUUCAUAUAUUGUAUAUAUAAUGGACUUUUAUUUUAUGCUGUUCUAUCUAUAAUAAAUGGUAGAUUUCAUAUUUUGUACAAAACAAAAGAAAACUGUGUACAGAAUCAAAGGUUAUCAGCAACUGCAGUCAGUUGGUUUGUGUCACAGACUUCUAUACAUGUAACUUUUUGCAUUAGAUCUGUUUAGAAUUUGAAUUCUAACAUUUUUUAUGGAUUUGUAAUUGGAGACAUUUUGGUUUCAGCAUUUGGAGCGUCUGUGAUGCGAGCCCGUAUUCAUUAGCCUUGUGUGUUACUCUACUCUUCUCUUCUCCCAGCGUCUCAAGUGGUGUAUAUCUCUAUACAGGAAAUAAAGCAAACGUGAGUUUUAUAUUUUCA